AUGAGACCGUCUCUCUUCUCCAUCGCCUCGCUAGGCCUCGGGCUCUGCUCCGCCGUAUCCGCGAGCAGCAGCAGCCUCGCCGGAGCUCGUUCCCCUCUUCCCGCAGUCAUCGACACAAGAGACCAGCUCCAGGACAUUGUGACAUGGGACGAGCACUCGCUCUUCGUCCGCGGCGAGCGGGUCAUGAUCUUCUCGGGCGAGAUUCACCCCUUCCGCCUGCCCGUGCCGUCGCUGUACCUUGACGUCUUCCAGAAGGUGAAAGCCCUGGGCCUCAAUACGGUCUCCUUCUACGUCGACUGGGCGCUGCUCGAGGGGAAAGCCGGUGACUUCACCGCCGAGGGCGUGUUUGAUCUCCAGCCCUUCUUUGACGCCGCGACCAAGGCGGGCAUCUACCUCAUUGCAAGACCCGGUCCGUACAUCAACGCCGAGGUCUCUGGUGGUGGGUUUCCCGGUUGGUUGGCGAGGCUCAAGGCGAAGCUGAGGACCUCGGAUCCCGAGUUCCUUUCCGCGACGGAUAACUAUAUGGCAAAGGUGUGCGGCAUCAUCGCCAAGGCCCAAAUCACGAACGGCGGCCCAGUCAUUCUCCUGCAGCCGGAGAACGAGUACACCAACUUUGAUACCGGCAGCAGUCCCGAUGGGCCCUACUUCCAGUAUGUCAUCGACCAGGCUCGCAAAGCUGGGGUUGUCGUGCCCCUCAUCAGCAACGAUGCCAGACCAGCGGGUCACAAUGCGCCUGGAACGGGCGUAGGCGCCGUUGACAUUUAUGGUCAUGAUGGUUACCCACUUGGGUUUGACUGUGCAAACCCGAAUACGUGGCCAGAUAACAAGCUACCGACCAAUUAUCACGCACUGCAUUUGCAACAGAGCCCGAGCACGCCAUACUCGAUAUUAGAGUUCCAAGGAGGAUCUUUCGACCCUUACGCAGGACCUGGUUUCGAAAAGUGCGCGGCAUUGCUUAAUCACGAGUUUGAGCGUGUUUUCUACAAAAACAACUUUGGGGCUGGCGUCACUAUUUAUAAUCUUUAUAUGAUAUUCGGCGGUACUAAUUGGGGCAAUCUGGGGCAUCCGGGAGGGUACACGUCCUACGAUUAUGGCGCCGCAAUCACGGAAGAGAGGAGUGUUUCGAGGGAAAAGUACUCUGAGCUGAAGCUCGAGGCACAGUUCCUGAAAGUUUCACCUAGCUACCUGAACACAACGCCCUCAAACUUGACCGUUGGAGUAUAUAGCGCGACCCCCGACAUCACAGUCACGCCUUUGCUAGGUAAUGGUACCGGGUCGUUCUUCGUUGUCCGGCACAGCAACUACUCCAGUGUCGCUACCACCGAUUACACGCUUCGUCUACCCACGUCGCAAGGAACCAUCACGAUCCCGCAGUCCCGCGAUCUGCUUCAGCUCACCCGCCGUGAUUCCAAGAUCGUCGUCACGGAUUACCCGGUUGGAAACACGACACUACUGUAUUCAACAGUCGAGAUUUUUACUUGGAAACAGUACAAGAACCAGACGGUUCUUGUCGUCUACAGUGGACCUGGCGAGACGCACGAAAUUGCGAUCAAAUCGACCGUGACGCCUUUCCUCGUCGAGGGCACCAGCGUUGACCACAAUUAUGUGAACAACACCCUGCUCUUGGCAUGGGAGACAUCCAGCACUCGACGGGUAGUCAAGGUUGACAACCUGGUUAUUUACAUCUUAGACCGCAAUUCGGCAUACAACUACUGGGUGCCGGACAAACCUGGUGCAAGCGAAUCAGCAUAUGGAACGUCCAUUAUGAACCCAGACUCGCUCAUUAUCAAUGGCGGGUACUUGAUAAGAUCGAUCUCAAUACAGGGUGACACUCUCAGGGUCCAAGCAGACUUCAACCGUACCACUGAGUUGGAGAUCAUCGGCGUCGAACCCGAAGUCACAAAGCUUGAAGUCAAUGGCAAGCAACUAGACCACACAACGAACAACCUAACCAACUGGAUCGCGAAACCGUCCCUCGCGGAUGCCGCGCCCCCCGUACCAGACCUCAAGUCACUCAACUGGACCUCUGUCGACUCCCUCCCCGAGGUCCGCCCAGGCUACGACGACUCCGCCUGGCCCCUCGCAGACCACAAAACCACAAACAACACAAUCUCCAACCUCACGACACCGGUCUCCCUCUUCGCCUCAGACUACGGCUUCCACACCGGCACGCUCGUCUUCCGGGGCUACUUCACCUCAAACGGCACAGAAGACAAGCUCAACAUCACAACCCAGGGCGGCUCCGCCUUUGCGAGCUCCGUCUGGCUAAAUGACACCUUUCUCGGCUCCUUUGCCAACGGGCCCGACACCGCGGGCGAUAACAACUCCAACUAUACCCUGACGAACCUCACCGCGGGCGCGACGUACGUCCUGACCGUGCUCGUCGACACGACCGGCCUCGAGGAGAACUUUGUCAUCCCCGCGGACGUGAUGAAGAACCCGCGCGGGAUCAUGGACUACAGCAUCACGUCACCCUCCGGCGCCCAGACGAACGUCACGACGUGGAAGAUUACGGGGAACCUCGGCGGCGAGAACUACGCCGACAGGUUCCGCGGCCCGUUGAACGAGGGAGGGCUCUUUGUCGAGCGUCAGGGCUACCACCUCCCCUCUCCGCCCGAAGCGGCGCUCAACCUGCUUCGCUCGCCAUUCGAAGGGACAGAUGCGCCCGGCGUGGCAUUCUACGCCGCGAAACUGGAUCUACAGGUCCCUGCUUCGGAUCUCGAUGUGCCUAUAUCGUUCGUUUUCGACGACAUUGCAGCGUCUAACGGUACUGGAGCGUAUCGCGCCAUCCUCUACGUGAAUGGGUUCCAGUACGGGCGGUACGUGAGCAAUAUUGGUCCGCAGACCAGGUUCCCCGUGCCCGAGGGCAUCCUCCGGUACCAGGGGACCAAUUACAUUGGUCUAGCCGUCUGGGCUCUCGAGAAGGGCGGGGCUCGUGUGCAGAACUUCCGGCUCGAUGUCGGCGAGGUAGUGACGACGGGGCGGGAGGAGGUCAAGGUUGUUGAGGCACCGGGCUGGAGUCAGCGGACUGGGGCAUACUGA